CUGCCCUGCUCUGAGGACCGGCUCCGGGCUCCGGCUUCACACACUGCGUCUCAGCGCGUCUCCGGGACCAGCCUCCAUCCGCACUAAGAAGAACCGGGUCGUCCUGUUGUGUCUGCGGGGACUCUGGGGGAUUAGAGCCGGCGCAGUGUGAUCUGGGCCCGGUACUUGGAUCUGUCUGCAGCCCGACACAUCAUCUAUUAUGGAUCUGGUUUUCCUUCUAACUUAGACUGCUUAGAGGACAGUGUUAUCUCCAGACGCGGAGCUAUGGACGGGGCGGAGGUGAGCCAGCUGCCCGACGAGGAGCUGCUGAUGCUGGGGAAGGAGGAUCUGGUCCGGAGGCUGAGGAGGCUGGAGAACCGCAACAUGGAUCUGAUGCUGGAGCACGGAAACAUGAUGAAGGACGUGAACCGGAGCCUGCAAGUCCACCUCCACGAGAUUCGGAGUCUGAAGGAGGUCAACCAGAAACUGCAGGAUGACAACCAGGAGCUCCGGGAGCUCUGCUGCUUCCUGGACGACGACCGACAGAAGGGCAAGAAGGUGUCCCGGGAGUGGCAGCGGUUCGGCCGCUACACGGCCAGUGUCCUGUGGAAGGACGUGGGUCUGUACCAGCAGAAGCUGAGGGAGCUGGAGGCCAGUCAGGAGGCGCUGAGGACGGAGAACACCGACCUGAAGGAGAUCGUCCUCAUGCUGGAUGAGGAGAGGAGCGGAGCCGGAUCCAGGAGCUCCAUCGACAGCCAGUCCAGUCUGAGUAACCUGAACGGGUCCGGGUCUGUCCGGGACGUGGGAGAUGGGAGCAGCACGUCCAGCACUGGGAGCGCCGGCAGUCCGGACCACCACAACCACUUACACAAAGGAUCCGAAGGAAAGAUAGCAUCACUGAGAAGGUCUAUGGACGACCUGUCCACCCCGCAGGUCCACAGGGGGACUGGACUCAGUGAUGCAUCAUUUACCUACAUCAGACAGCUUGAGAACAGGGUGAGGAUGCUGGAGGAUGAAAACCGGCAGCUGCUGUCACAGGGGAACAGCGGGGAAGUGAAGACACUGAGGAAAGGGUUGUCUCUGUACCAUUCGGAAACCCAGCUGUCACAGUUCCAGGACGGUUUACACAAUGGUGCUCCCCGGACCCCCAGCGGUGAACCAUCCCCCACUGGGAUCUACCUCCCACCAGGGCAGAAACCUGAGGCUGUGGUCCAUGCCAUGAAGGUGCUUGAGGUCCAUGAGAAGCUGGACAGGCAGAACUCCCAGGAAUAUGAAGAAGAUCUGAGUGAGAAAGAGAAGGCCAUCGUCAGAGAGAUGUGCAAUGUGGUUUGGAGAAAGCUGGGAGAUGCAGCUGGAUCCAAGCCUUCUGUCAGACAGCAGCUCUCAGGCAACCAGUACAAACCCCCUUUAUAGCCGUCAGACACCAGUAAACAUAUACGCUCCCAUUUCGGACUGGAAACCUCCAGCAAAACUGUUUUUCUCUCUCAGCUGAUGAACUCCAAA